UAUACCACAUGUCAUCAACAACCAAUAAUCUUCUCGCCCGACUCGAUGCACUCGAUUUAGCUUGCUCCGCACGUUCAUACGAAUUGUUUCCAUUCUGAAUGUGGCAUUUUGUAUACCCGGCGUGCAGAAGGAUUAUCAUAGCAGACAGAAUACUGCGCUCAUUGACUGGAAAUCUUCAUUUUAUUAACUUAAUUUAUUAGCCCAAAAUUAUAUUAAGCCUAUUGUAACAUUGAGAUAUAAUAACUGCAUAUCUGUUAUUGCAGCCCCUGUAAUAAACGGUCCGGUCUUCUGUCUAUGAUCUCAUCCCCGCCUAGAUGAUAGGAGGAGAGAGAGAGGAGGGACGUAAACAUAUUACACAGAGCACUCUUCAGUAAAUCUACGGUUCUCUUGUGUCUGUCUUCGCGAGUGAUCAGCUGAAAUGGCAACCAGUGUAAAGAGGCCGUCCCUGGGUCCGGUCCCUCCCCCCAGGAAGAAGUCCAACCCCAAGUCAGAGCUCACUGAGGAGCUGAAACAGGAGAUCAGAGAGGCCUUCGAACUGUUCGACACCGAUGCCUCCGGAUACAUCGAUGUCAAGGAGCUAAAGGUUGCUAUGAGGGCGCUGGGGUUUGAGCCGAAGAAAGAGGAGAUUAAGAGGAUGAUAACAGAGGUGGAUAAGGACGAAACAGGAAAGAUCUCCUUCUCUGAUUUCCUCACCGUCAUGACUCAGAAGAUGGCUGAGAAGGAUUCUAAGGAGGAGAUCCUGAAAGCAUUCCGUCUGUUUGAUGAUGAUGAGACGGGGAAGAUCUCCUUCAGGAACCUGAAGAGGGUCGCUAAGGAAUUGGGAGAGAGCCUGACUGACGAGGAACUGCAGGAGAUGAUCGAGGAGGCAGACAGGGAUGGAGACGGAGAGGUGAACCAGGGAGAGUUCCUCCGCAUCAUGAAGAAGACCAGCCUGUACUGAGACUAGACCCGGGUGUUGUGGGGUGGAGGGUGAUGUUGGGGACAUACAGGGGCAGAGGAGACUAUGGUUUGGUUUUACAUGUUAUGUACUAGUCAAGUCAUUACUCAGUUAUCCAGGCCUGUCCUAGUUUAAUUAGACAACAUCCUUUUCUUGUCUCCUUCCUUAUCUCCUUGCUGUCACGACCUUUCAUCAGUUAGAUAAUAUUCUUUAUAGCUCUUCUUUCUCUUAGUUAGAAUGAUGGUAGAGUCCCAAAACAGUGCUUUCAGCUAUCAAUGCCCUGUUUCACAUUUCAUGUGUCAUCGUGGAGGUUAUUGGGACAAGGGAAGGAAGCUCUUUAGGACGCCGAGGGUCUAUCCCUAGACAUUCCCUCCAACACUCAACACCCCCUACCCCUAGUCACCCCUUCCCCUCCAACA